UGAACCUUUCAGUAUGCAGUCAGCGUUUAAUUAGCACACAACGACUUGAAGAAAUACUGAAAUUUUCAGUGAUUAGACAUACUAAUAGAUAAAUACAUGCACACAAUUAGAUAAUCCAUCAGUGUGUCAGUGGGUCGGUGCAUACACGAAAAACACUGUAAUACGCAGAUACAUACACCGCUCUACAAUAUUCUCCGGUGUUCAACAUCUUGGUUUGGAUUUCAUCCUGCAUACAAAUACUUUGUAGACAAUGAUUCCCAAGAAGACAUCGUCCCUCAUCUUCUACGUAAAUGGACAAAAGAUUGUGGAUGAAAAUGUCAAUCCUGAAUGGACGCUGUUGACAUAUUUGAGGAAUAAACUACGGUUGACGGGAUCGAAGUUGGGAUGCGGCGAAGGAGGCUGUGGGGCCUGUACCGUCAUGCUGUCUCGGUUUGACAGAGAUACAAAGAAAAUUGUCAACUUUGCCGUGAAUGCGUGCCUAACUCCGAUAUGUUCGGUGCAUGGAUCAGCAGUAAUCACUGUCGAAGGCAUUGGAAAUGUGGCGAAUGGACUUCAUCCUGUUCAGGAAAGAAUUGCAAAGAGCCACGGCAGUCAAUGCGGAUUUUGCACCCCCGGAAUCGUAAUGUCCAUGUACACUCUGAUGCGGAACAAUUCUUUGCCAUCCAUGCAUGAAGUGGAAGUCGCUUUUCAGGGGAAUUUAUGCCGUUGUACCGGGUAUCGACCAAUUCUGGAGGGAUACAAAACCUUGACCAAAGAAGGUGCUGCAGGUGGGUGUUGCGGAAAAUUGCAAAACGGUGGUUGUUGCAUGCAAAACGGCACUAAAGAAAAUGGGACUUGCACCAAUGGAGGAGAUGCAGAAGAAGAGUAUGGACUUUUCAAUCCAAAUACUUUCAAAAAGUACGAUCCCUCGACGGAAUUCAUCUUUCCGCCAGAGUUGCAGCUAACAUCUGACUACGAUGAUCAAUACCUCGUAUUCAAUGGGGAGCGAGUUACAUGGUACAGGCCAACCAGUUUGGGACAACUGCUUGAGCUAAAGGCAAAAUAUCCGUAUGCAAAAAUUGUUGUGGGGAAUACAGAAAUCGGUGUGGAGGUGAAAUUCAAGAAUUGUUUGUACCCCGUCAUCAUUCAACCCACACGAGUCCCAGAGUUAGUUGAUGUCAAACUCGAGAGCAAAGGGGUUCGGUUCGGGAGUGCAGUAACACUUUCAGACAUGGAGACUGUCCUUCGAGAACAGAUUGCUACACAGCCGGAAUACAAAACUCGGGUGUUUUCAGCCAUUGUGGAAAUGCUUCGAUGGUUUGCAGGGAAGCAAAUUCGAAACGUUGCUGCUAUUGGAGGGAAUAUUAUGACAGGGAGCCCUAUAUCUGACCUCAACCCCUUAUUCAUGGCUGCUGGUUGUGAGCUAGAGCUUAAAAGCAAAGAUGAUCACAGAGUUGUUACGAUGGAUGACACAUUCUUUACUGGAUAUCGGAAAAACAUUUGCAAGUCGGAGGAAAUUUUACAGAGCAUUUUAAUACCAUACCUAAAAGAAGACGAAUACUUUUGGGGUUUCAAACAAGCAAAGCGCAGGGAUGACGAUAUUGCCAUCGUCAAUGCCGGCAUGUUUGUCCGAUUUGAAGUGGAGACUAAUACGAUUCAAAAGAUUUCGUUAGCGUUCGGUGGGAUGGCUCCGACGACUGUGAUGGCGAGAACGACGCAAUCAUCUCUGGUUAAGCGUCAGUGGAAUCAACACAUAGUACAAGAAGCAGCUAAGACUUUGAUCGAAGAUCUUCCUCUGGAUCCCAGCGCACCAGGAGGAAUGAUCGAAUUCCGACGGUCUCUAACGCUCAGUUUCUUUUUCAAGUUUUACAUGAUUGUUCAAGAGAAGCUGAAUCAAAGGUUGUCCUAUGUAAAACCUUUGCCAUCAAAUUUCAAGAGCGCUAUACAAGUUUAUCACAGAGGAGUUCCAAAAAGCUCGCAAAUCUCGCAGAUUGUUCCAUCAGGCCAGCCGGACCAUGAUCUCGUUGGUAAACCCAUACCUCACAUGUCCGGGAUGAAGCAGGCAACUGGUGAAGCUAUUUAUGUGGACGACAUGCCAAAAUUUGAAAAUGAGCUGUAUCUCGCAUUGGUUUUUAGUAGCAGAGCUCAUGCAAAAUUAAUAUCUGUUGAUGCAACCGAAGCAUUGCAGCAAGAAGGCGUAGUGGACUUUAUUUCAGCAAAGGACAUUCCAAAAGAACGAAACAAAAUGGGUGCAAUAAUUCACGAUGAGGAAAUAUUUGCCAGUAAAACUGUAACUUGCAUUGGGCAGCCAAUAGGCGCAAUUCUGGCGCAUGACCAAGCCACUGCACAGAGGGCAUCAAAAAUGGUGAAAGCGGAGUACCAAGAUAUCAAACCACUCAUCAUCACCAUUCAAGAUGCCAUCAAGCACAACUCAUUUUAUCAGGAUUGGAUUCGAAAUAUAAAGAAUGGAAAUAUUGAAAAAGGAUUUUCGGAAUCUGACCACAUUCUGGAAGGCGACAUGCAUCUCGGAGGUCAAGAGCACUUUUAUUUGGAAACUCAAGCGACAAUUGCUCUCCCAAAACUGGAGGACGGAGAGACAGAAAUAUUUUGCUCUACUCAGAACCCCACCGAGAUUCAGCUCUUGACGGCUGAAGCGCUGGGAGUCCCAGCUAACAGAAUAGUCGUUCGGACAAAGCGAAUGGGGGGUGGAUUUGGAGGGAAAGAGACGAGGUCAAUGAUGCUCGCAAUUCCUGUCGCUCUCGCAGCAAAUAAACUAAAACGUCCAGUCCGCUGCAUGUUUGAUCGGGAUGAGGACAUGGGUUGCAGCGGUACAAGGCACCCAUUUUUUUGCAGGUUUAAAGUCGGGGUAAAGAAUGAUGGACGUGUCAUGGCGUUGAAAAUGACUUUGUACAACAACGGAGGCAACUCUUUGGACUUGUCCUGUUCGGUAAUGGAAAGGGCAUUAUUCAGUGCUGACAAUGCUUACAAUAUUCCAAACGUUGACUUUACUGGAUACGUCUGCAAAACCAAUUUACCAUCAAAUACCGCAUUUCGUGGAUUUGGUGGUCCACAAGGAAUGAUGUUCACGGAAAAUGUAUUUGAUCAAAUUGCGGACAAGUUAAAUAUUGAUCCCAUCCAGCUUCGAGAAAUCAACAUGUAUAAAGAAGGGGACGAAACGCAUUACAACCAACCCUUAGAAUAUUGCACCAUUCCAAGAUGCUGGUCAGAAUGCAAAGCCAACUCAGAGUUUGCCAAAAGGCGACAAGAGGUCGAUGCAUUCAAUGCAGAAAAUCGUUGGAAAAAGCGAGGAAUCUCCUUAAUUCCUACAAAAUUUGGAAUUGCUUUCACCGCACUCUUUUUGAAUCAAGCUGGGGCACUGGUAAUGGUAUACAGAGAUGGUUCGGUACUUAUUAGCCACGGUGGGACCGAAAUGGGACAAGGACUUCAUACAAAAAUGAUCCAAGUGGCGAGCAGAGCGAUGCGAAUCUCCAGCGACAAAAUACACAUUAUGGAAACUUCUACUGAUAAAGUACCAAAUACUUCACCCACCGCUGCAAGUGCGGGGUCAGAUUUGAAUGGAAUGGCAGUUUUGAAUGCCUGCAAUCAAAUAAUGGAACGACUCGAACCAUACAUAACAGCUAAACCCAAAGGACGAUGGGAGGACUGGGUCACGGCGGCAUAUUUCGACAGAGUUGGACUCUCUGUUGCUGGAUUUUACAAGACGCCUGGGAUUGGUUUCGAUUUUAAAGCGAAACUUGGAAAACCAUUCAACUACUUUUGCUUCGGAGCUGCUUGUGCAGAAGUUGAAAUUGAUUGUCUAACAGGGGAUCAUGAAGUCCGUCGUUGCGACAUAGUCAUGGAUGUCGGAGAAAGCAUAAACCCAGCUAUCGACAUUGGUCAGAUUGAGGGUGGUUAUAUGCAAGGUUAUGGACUGUACACCCUCGAAGAACUGCGCUAUUCUCCACAAGGUCAUUUGCUGACAAAAGGGCCAGGGAUGUACAAACUUCCAGGCUUUGGAGACAUUCCUGAAGAAUUUAACGUUUCUCUGCUUAGAGGAGCACCGAACGCGAAAGCAGUGUUCUCAUCAAAGGCGGUAGGGGAACCCCCUCUCUUUCUCGCUGCUGCGGCAUUCUAUGGAAUUAAAGACGCCAUAAAGUCAGCUCGCAAAGAGCAAAGUAUCACGGGACCUUUCCGUUUAGAUUCGCCAGCAACUGCAGAAAGAAUUCGAAUGGCCUGUAUUGACCAGUUUACAGAGAAGUUCCCAACUCCAGCUUCAAACACAUUUAAACCAUGGUCUGUAACUGUGUAAUAUGCGGUUAAUGUACAUAUACACAGUUUCAUUAGUAGAUUUUCACAGUAGCGAUACAUGACAGAUGAUGUAUGAAGAAAAAAUAAAAAACUUGUUGUUUACCAUUA